AUGUUUGCACGAUUCGUGAAGCAGGGUGCUUUCCGCCCCUCAGAAAAAAUAUACACCCGCAUGGCACAUCAGACUCGAUUCUUGGCAACCGUCGAGGGGAGUACUGGCCGUGCUAUGCCAGUCAGCCGCCCCAGGGCUACACCUGUCGCCCAUGAUCGAGCGACUUUCACAAUUAGGGAUGGCCCCGUUUUCCACGGCAAAUCUUUCGGUGCCCGGUCCAACAUCUCCGGUGAAGCCGUCUUCACUACCUCCCUGGUCGGAUACCCCGAAUCUAUGACUGAUCCUUCCUACCGUGGACAAAUCCUCGUCUUCACCCAACCCCUCAUUGGAAAUUAUGGCGUCCCUUCUUCUGCUAGGGACGAGCAUGGCCUUUUGAAAUACUUCGAAUCUCCCAACAUUCAGUGUGUUGGUGUUGUGGUGGCGGACUAUGCUGAGAAAUACAGCCAUUGGACCGCCGUGGAGAGCUUGAGCGAUUGGUGUGCGCGGGAGGGUGUCCCAGCCAUAUCAGGCGUUGACACUCGUGCUAUUGUCACCUAUUUGCGGGAGGUUGGCUCGUCGUUGGCUCGAAUCACGAUUGGAGAGGAGUAUGAUGCAGACCAGGACGAGGCAUUUAUCGAUCCAGAGCAGAUCAACUUGGUCAAGAAGGUCAGCACCAAGGCGCCCUUCCACGUCAGCUCUUCAAAUGGCGAUAUGCAUGUUGCAGUCAUCGAUUGUGGUGUGAAGGAGAAUAUCCUGAGGAGUUUGGUUAACCGUGGUGCAAGCGCCACCGUUUUCCCAUACGAUUACCCCAUCCACAAGGUUGCUCACCACUUUGACGGUGUCUUCAUUUCCAACGGUCCUGGUGAUCCCACUCACUGCCAAGAGACCGUGUAUCAUCUUACCCGGUUGAUGGAGACUUCCCAAGUGCCUAUUAUGGGCAUUUGCCUUGGUCAUCAAUUGGUUGCCCUUGCAACUGGUGCCCGGACGAUCAAGCUUAAAUACGGAAACCGUGCCCAUAACAUCCCAGCAUUGGACUUGACCACUGGUCAAUGCCACAUUACCAGUCAAAACCAUGGUUAUGCUGUGGAUACUCCUACCCUGCCUGACGAGUUCAAGGAGUAUUUCGUCAAUCUCAAUGACGGUUCUAACGAAGGCAUCAUCCACAAGACCCGCCCUAUAUUCUCCACGCAAUUCCACCCAGAAGCCAAGGGUGGCCCAAUGGACUCUUCUUACCUGUUCGACAUGUACAUUGAUAAUGUGCAGCGGUAUAAGAAGAACCAGGCCAUUUACCCCGCUGGUGUAGGCAAAGACAACCGCCCCUCACCCCUCCUCGUAGACCUAUUGUCCAAGGAGAGAGUGGGUGUUCAUCCUGCCCAGCCCGCCGAGAACAUUGCUGCUGCUGCUGUUGCCCAACAGGUUGCUGCUGCUGCUUAA